AUGCUUAACAGAUUACCGGCGGAAGCACUGGAUCCUAUCAUCGAGCGUCUCCUCGAGUUAGACAUGGCUGCACCCGGAAAUCCCAUCUAUCCGCACGAUGGAAGAUUUGAAGCAGCCCAUUCCUUGAGAGCAUUAUCAGAAGUGACUCUUGGAUCGAGUCAAAUAAAGCCCUUUCAGGAGGCCUGUGAAUCCUUUAUAUGGAGGAUCUUCCGAUGUGUCCUAGAAGAUUGCGAUGAGAUGGCCGCUGAUCCUAAUCUUGAUUCUGUAGCCAGACAUGUUCGCUCAUUCACAGCUUCGAUGCGCAUAGACACCGAGAGUGACGCUUCAUUUACGCAAACUAUAGAAUGGAUGGGAAUCAUGGACAACAUCUUGAAUAAAUUCUCUGAUCUCAAUCUGAAGCAUAUCCGCCUACACACCCACGCUCAGCUCGUCCAGGGCACGCCAUCGAUUCUCGAGGACUCGGCCAACCUUGAUCGCCUGCAAAUUGCUCACCAGCAAAUCAUCUCUUCUUUGAGUAACUUUCCUUCUUUGACUGCGUUGGACCUUGAAAAUUGUUUUGCUUUGGUGUCAGAGGAUAUUGUCUCUCAAUGCAUUUUUCAACUUCCCAACUUGGUUCGAUUCCGAGCUCAGGAAAGUGCGUUGAAGCCCGAUCUCGAUUUGACUCAAGGCUCAAGGCUUGGCGAGUCUUUGGCAUCUCGUACGAAAUUGGAGAAGCUGAGUUUGAAGAACUUGGCCUAUGUAAGUCCUGCUUGGUGUGACUUGAACUGGCAAGGACCUUUGACAAGUUUGAAUUUGAGGGGUUGUGGAAAUUUGGAAAACCAAGCACUAUUGCGUUUCAUCCUCAGUAUCCCGUCCUUGGAGAAGAUUCGCCUACAAGAUCACCAUUUCAGAUCUCUCGACAUAUUUACCGACAUUCAUGGAAUCCCAUUCCCAAACUUGGAACGCUUUACCUUUCUUGGGGACAGUCUUGAGCACCCUCUCUUUGAUAUAUUGGCAGAAGCUCCCUUACUUGAAAAAGUACAUUUGCAUUCAACUCCAGUGCGGGAUUGCCUACGCGGAAUGCAACGUUCUAUCGAAGUAAGCCAUGGGUCUUGGGCAAGUUUGAGGACUGUUAUUAUAUCAUUUAUUAGGCCUGACGAUCCAGAGAGGAUACGGCUUCGUGAGUGGGGUGUUGCAAGAGACGUCGCAGUCAAGUUUCAUUUCGGUAUCACGGCAUGGAACACGCCUGAACUUCAAGUUUUCGAUUUAUCUUCUGAUGAAGAGACUGGCAACGGAACCGCAGCACCAAAUGAUGACCAAGCUGAUCAUGCCAGUGAGGCAGAAUCCGAGCCAUCAGAUCACAGUGAGGCAGAAUCCGAGCCAUCAGAUCACAGUGAGGCAGAAUCCGAGCCAUCAGAUCACAGUGAGGCAGAAUCCGAGCCAUCAGAUGCCAGUGAGGCAGAAUCCCAGCCAUCAGAUGCCAGUGAGGCAGAAUUCGAGCCAGAAGAUGACAGUGAUGUUAGCGCCCCAGAAGAUUGGGAAUUUGUUUGGAGACCACAAACUUUAUAA